UUAAUACGCAUCGUCGCGGGAAACCCUGGGGCUUCUCAGCCCUACCAAUGUCCGACCCGCUGCCAUUCUUCGACGGCUUAUCCUGAGAUAUACCAUCUCGCGUCCAAAGGGGCGGCGGACAUCUGGUUCGAAGAUGCCGUCCAACGGGAUCGUCGUCACGGACACGGACAUGAACCCUAUCAUCCAGAUGAUCACUUGGCUCUUGAUCGCAUUAACUUCUCUCAUGCUGUGCUUUCGCUUCUUAACCAAGUUCUUCUUGAAAACGAAUCAACGGUUCGGAUGGGAAGAGGCGUUAAUCGCCUCGGCAUUUAUCGUUGGUCUCGGCGAAUCUGUGACGUUCCUCGUUCCAGAGGGGAGAAUAUUUGGGAAAUCGCGAAGUCUCAUGACCGAUGAUGAGUUUAGAGCAGGUCUCAAAGUGCAAUACGCCGGACAAUUACUAUAUAUCCUUGCUUUAGGACUUGCAAAGCUAUCGGUAUGCAUAGGGUUAUCCACCUUGUCUCCGGAAACGGGACACCGUCGCCUCACGUCUGUCUUCGUCGUCACAGUCAUCAUAUGGUUGAUAGUAGCCUUCGUUGGAACGGCUUUCCAGUGUGGAGUUCAGGGUCCUUGGGAGGCAGGAAACGCCAAUUGCAUUGAUAGGAUAGCAUUUUUAGAAUAUGUGGACAUUACGAACAUCCUGACGGACGCUUCGCUAAUCGCCCUUCCGGCAAUCGUCAUAUAUCCGCUUAAACUCUCUGUCAGGACACGAAUCAUAGCUCAUAGCUUUUUCUCCGUGAGAAUAUUUGCGAUUGCAGCGACGGUUUGUCAACUCAUCUACCUCCCCCGCCUCGCCGAAGACGAUUAUACGCUUCGAGGAUUCCCGUACUACCUUAGUAUGCAAUUUGUCCAAUUCGCCAGCAUCUCAGCUGCCUGCGCCGCCUACUUCUGGCCCUUCCUCCGUUCGCUACGAAGCGGAUUCAUAUCAGCCAACAACAGAUCCUUACCUUCCGACUUCGCGCUGGCUAAGUUGCGCGCGACUCCUCCGAGCGGCGCAAAUACAUCUGAUUUAGGGUCAGGAGGUUCGUCUCAAAACCGAGACCGAAGUAACUAUAUUAAAAUCACAACAGACAAUACGGUUACCACAGCUGCGAGGCCUCAUGAGAAGAAGCAACAAGAACAUUACGGAAGCGAAAGGUAUAUGAGGGAUUGGUGAUGGGGAGUAAGGAAGUAAUUAUAUAGUAUUAAAUGCUUAAUUAAUACGGGCCGUUGGUUUCAUGCUAUGGAUUGCUAGGCUCUUGGGACAGUACGAGUGCGCCAGUAAGACAUUGGUCUUAAGUCGAUCUUUCGAUCUGUUCGGGAGGAAGAAACCGGAUGGAAGGGGUCUACGAUCGCCUACGGUCACC